AUGCAAGAGCUUGUUAGAUUAAGACAACAACAACAAGCCACCGAUAACACAAUGCAAUCAAUGGUGCAAGGUCUUCAAGGCAUGGAACAAAGGCAACAACAAAUGAUGUCCUUUUUAGCAAAAGCAGUCAAUAGCCCUGGAUUUUUGGCACAUUUUGUACAACAAAACGAGGCUACAAAGCUUAUUACAGAAGGGAAUAAUAAAAAACGGAGGAUUAAGGAAGACGAUGGACAGAUUGUCAAAUACCAACCUCCACCUCCCGGAGUUAUGACUCAGGAGGUGGUGCCGCUAACCCCAACCUUCGGUGAGUUUUAUCUAACUGAUAUGGUGGAUGAUGUGGUGAAUGGGGAUUUGAUUGAAAAGAUUUUGGAGAAUGGGAGUUUGUCUCCUGGUGGUGAUGUGGAGUUGAAUUUUUGGGAGCAGUUUUUAGAACCGGGCCCACAAGAUAUGGGCCUAGGCCAUGCUCUGAUGAAUGGAAAUGGAAGUCCCAAGAGUGAGCUCAAGAAGCUCACCCAACAAAUGGAACUUCUUUCCUCGGAUAUGAAACAAGGUUGA